AUGGUGGUUGGUCUAGCUGACCAUCGUCAGUUCGGAAGACCAGGAAAGCUACAGCCGUAUAGUCCCGCUAGUGGGCUUGGUAGAGAAAGAGGGUGCAAGAGUGGAAAGUUGCAAGUUGAGCUGAAACGAGGAGAGACUUCAGCAUGCAAACCUUCAUCUGUUCGGCUUGCACCAUCGUUUUCAUUCCAUGCUGCUGGCCUUCAGAUGGCUGGACAGAUGUCCCAUUCGCAUCAGCAGUACAGUGAUCGUCGUCAGCAGAACAUAAAUGACCAACAGGUUUCUGCCUUAUCAUAUGCUGACCAGAUUCAGCAACCUCUAACGUUAACAAACCAGGUAAAGUAUUGUUUUCUAAAUUAUGAUAUGGUCAUAUUACAGAGGCGGAUGCCCCAAACUUUCCGAGAUCCAGCCACUGCUCCGUUGAGGAAACUCUCCGUAGAUUUGAUCAAAACAUACAAGCAUAUUAAUGAGGUUUACUAUGCAAAAAAAAAACGGCGGCAUCAGCAGGGCCAAGGAGAAGAUUCCAGUCACAAAAAGGAGAGAAAAGUUUACAAUGAUGGCUAUGAUGAUGACAACUAUGACUAUAUUGUAAAAAAUGGGGAGAAGUGGAUGGAUCGUUAUGAAAUUGACUCUUUAAUAGGCAAAGGAUCCUUUGGACAGGUUGUAAAGGCUUAUGAUCGAGUGGAACAGGAGUGGGUGGCUAUCAAAAUAAUAAAAAACAAGAAGGCUUUCUUAAACCAGGCCCAGAUUGAAGUGCGACUGCUUGAGCUUAUGAACAAACAUGACACAGAGAUGAAGUACUAUAUAG